CAAAACAUCCUUGAAACUGCAACUACUUUGCUUACUUGGCCACUUCUCUUCCAAUCCAACCAUGUCCAUUUCGGUAAUAAAAGACAGACGAUCCGGCGUCACCGACUUAAUUGGUACCACCCACAAAUCACUUGCGUGUCAGAAUUUAAUUGGAGGAUCCUGAUUUUGAUACUUAUUAGGAUGUAGAUCCUUCAUAUUUAGCAGAUCAAAUAUAUCUGGCUAAGUCGUCCACGUUGGCACUACCGCUAGACUAAUCUGGAAAGAUAUUGCACUUUUUUAUCUCUCUCCUUUCCCCCUUUUUUUUUUUCUUCCCUGACAAACAGCCCUCAUUUUAGCACAAAAUAUCUUCUGCUUUCACCCUCCUUUCUGUUCUAAAUAACACCCGAAAAAUUGUUCCAAAAAUUUUAAAAAUCUCUAAUUUUAAGGUCAAAAGCUGAAAAUAAGUAUGGGAGGAGAAGUGAAGAUUGGUGUAUUUGAAGCUAACGGCCGAGACGAUGAAGCCAUCGCAACAGCCACAGACGCCGUCGUUGACGAAGAGGAUGAUGUUAACGAAAGAGUUCUUGAAUGGGAGAUGGGAUUGCCUAACUCCGAUGAUUUAACUCCGUUAUCUCAAUUGUUAGUACCACCGGAGCUCGCCUCCGUUUUCAGCAUCUCUCCGGAGCCUCGUCGGACCGCUCUUGACGUUAACCGUGCUUCUCAGGAUACCCUCUCCUCCCUCCGCUCCACCGGAGCCCACUCUUCCACUACUAAUAACAAUAACAACAACAACAAUAAUAACAAUUUCCGUUCUUUUGAUGAUCCGAUGGUAGUUGAAUCGGAAGGGGACGGCUCGGGUUCGGGUUCCGGGUCGGACCCGAAGAAAAUGAGGAUGAUGGAGAUUGCAGAGGAGGCGGAUUCAGCGGUUAGGACGGCGGAGAAUUCGGACGACCCAUCAGGGAAGACAGUGAAACGACAGCGUUUGGUGUGGACACCGCAACUGCAUAAGAGAUUCGUGGAUGUGGUGGCCCAUUUAGGGAUAAAAAACGCGGUUCCCAAAACAAUCAUGCAGUUAAUGAACGUAGAAGGCUUGACCCGCGAGAACGUGGCCAGUCAUUUGCAAAAAUAUCGUCUUUACUUGAAAAGAAUGCAAGGAUUAAGCAACGAAGGCCCAUCAGCUUCCGAUCAGCUGUUUGCAUCAACGCCGGUGCCGCAGAGUAUGCAUGCGAAUGGAGCCGGCGUCGGAGGAGGAGGAGGAAUUGGUGUCGGUGGUGGUAGCGUGAAUAGUAAUGGGCAUGUCGGAAUGACUCUACCGAUGGCUUAUGGGGCAUCAAUGAUUCCAAUGCCGAUGCCGAUGUAUGGACCUGUUCAUCAAGGAGGAAAUCAUCAUCCUCAGAAUGGAUACGAAGCCAAUUCGUAUGGGAUGAUGCAGCAGAGAGAUUGGUCAGUAGUGUCGUAUCCCCAUCAUAUAGCUCCCCGUGAAAAGUUAAAUUAGUUCUAUUUUUGUUCCAAGUUCAGUCCUUUUCUUUUAUAUCAUUUUUAUAAUAUGAAUUUUCAUCCUCUUCGAAGUCAAGUAAUCUUGCGAUAUACCCUGAUAUAUGAUACUGUUCGUUCCCAAACUUGACUGGUUUAUUUUCCCUGAAACGAAAUGGAAAGAGAUAUAUGAUUUAAAGCAGAACAGAAUUAAGAAGCAAUAAUUUCGCAUUUGCACUCGAAUAGAAGAAAGGAAUCACUUUUGUUUUUAGGUUACAGUAAGUAGGGUGUAGUGUUUAGUUGGUAAAGUCUAGAAUCUCGACUUGCGUGAUAGUUUGACCCCCUCCUGUUUGUAUCGAAGCUUGUCUUUGCCUCAGCACCGUCUUUGAGCCUCUCUUUUUUCUCCCCUGUUAGCGUAGCCGGAUUGGUUCAAUAACUUUAGUUGGUUUGUUUCAGGUUCCUCUUUGACUAUACUGGUGGUAAAACCAUAAACAUCCCCUGUAUCUUAGUAAAUGAGGUUGUGUUUAUCCAGUUAUACAGCUUGGUGCCAAACAAGGAUAGCGGAAGGAGCACAUGUUGAUCCGCCGCUUUUGCUGGAGUAGAAAUGCCACAUGAGGAAUUUCUGCCAGUGGUCACUCCAACCUCCAACUUGUGUUUCUACCCAAACUUUUAGCAAUGAAGAAUUUAACAAAUCGAGCUUGGGUACUUUAUACCAUUGUUUUAUGUAGUUUUGUUGGUUUGAGAUUUCAGCUACUUUAUUCCCGAGAUGAUAGUAUGUGUACCUUUGGACUUAUCCACAGUUCAAAGUUUCUUGGUUCAUUGGAGUGUCUGCACAUCCUCAGGCAUUUUAUAUGGUCCCCUCCACACAUAUGGAUGAUGGAUACUCGAUAUCCUGAAUAACUUUAUUCUACCUUUUUUAUGGGUAUGAUUGAGAAUCCCCAAGUUUCAUAUGGAA